GAGAUACGAAGGCGGAUAUCGGCUCGUCCGCGGCGGACGGUAAGGGCAAACGGCAGGAGGUUUCUGAAGGCCGGCGCGCAGAUAACUCGCCAACUGCAGGAAUCGAACUCAGUAGCGCCUCCCGUCUCGGUCGUGACAACCUCAGACAAGAAGCGGACGACGCGACGUCCAUUGACAGCGCUCCACUCUUUAAGAUUGUUCAUGCCUCUACAUCCGUUCAUCCUGGUCACCGUGACCGUGCUUCAGUAUCUACUCCACGACGACCAAGCCCAACUUCCGGUGCCAACGAGCUAUCCAUGCAUGCACUUCAUUCGCAGGACGGCCAAACUCACGUCAAUAAUGGAAGAGGGUCCCCCGAGGUAGCGUUUCCUCCGUCUUCGCCCUCAGGUUUCGAUUUCACCCACGACCAUGAGACUGCCUUCCACACCCAGCCAAACUCGAUGGACGUUGACGACUCAGAUUCAGCUUCCUUCGAUCUGGAACUGAUGAGGACGCGAUAUCCUGAAGUCAGAAGUCGCAUGCGAGAGUAGCGCUGCCGUGCUCGCGCACAAUUAUGGGACUUGCUGAGAUUGCCAAGCUGUGGCGUCGUGUGGCGC